CUAGCUGCAGCGAGACCAGGCCCUUCCACUUGCCCUCUUGGCUGCAGCUUCCUUCCUGAUUUCACUCCCCCCCCCCCUGUCCUGACCUCCGCUUCGGGACUGGACUCCGGGUUGGAAUUGCUUGCUACCAUGGGGAGGGGGAAGAUCGAGAUCAAGAGGAUCGAGAACACGACAAGCCGCCAGGUGACCUUCUGCAAGCGCAGGAACGGGCUGCUCAAGAAGGCCUAUGAGCUCUCCGUCCUCUGCGAAGCCGAGAUCGCCUUGAUCGUCUUCUCCGCCCGCGGCCGCCUCUACGAGUAUGCCAGUAACAGCACGCGGACGACGAUCGACAGGUACAAGAAGGCUUCUGCAAGCGCUUCUGGCUCUGCUCCAGCUAUAGACGUCAAUUCUCAGCAAUACUUUCAGCAAGAAUCAGCGAAACUGCGCCAUCAGAUACAGUCCCUGCAAAAUGCAAACAGGAACCUGAUGGGCGAAUCCGUCGGCAACUUGACACUCAAGGAGCUCAAGAGCCUGGAGAACAGGCUUGACAAGGGCAUCGGCCGGAUCAGAGCAAAGAAGCACGAGCUGCUGUUCGCGGAGAUCGAAUACAUGCAGAAGCUGGAGGCGGACCUGCAGAGCGAGAACAUGUAUCUCCGAGCCAAGGUGGCGGAAGCGGAGCGGCUGGCCCUGGCGGCGCCCCCGCCGUCAUCGGGGAGCGGGGCGGAGCUGGAGGUGCUCCCGACGUUCGACGCGAGGAGCUACUACCACCACCAGGCAGUGAACAUGCUGCAGGACGCCGCGGCGGCCUCCUCCUCCUCGCGCUACUCCCAGUCGUCCCAGGCGGCGGCGGCGACCACCGCUCUUCACCUCGGCUACCAGAUUAAGGGGGCCCAACUUAACUGAUCGACCGCUAGCUCAGGAGAAAGCACCCGCACAGUCGAUCGAUCCAUGUCCUCUAGAUGGAUUUGUUGGAUAACCUACGUACGUCUACUUAAUUACCAUUUACCACAGUACUGUAUUGCGGUAUGCUACCUAAAUAAUUGCGUGAUGUGUGCGAAGCGAGGAAGUGUAUAUGUAGUAUGGGACGUGGCUAGUGAGUACGAGAGCGUGUGCGUGUUGUGAAGAAUGACCUGGCUUUUAUACAUCACAUUUGUGAGCA